AUGCCCGGCAUCUGCAUCUGCUGCUGUCCCGGCAUCGGCCGCCCCGCCGCGGCCGCCAUCUGCCAGUACUGGUUCAUCCUGCUGCUGCUGCUGCUGCUGGACGAGGUGCUGCUGCAUGUGCGGCUGCUGCUGCUGCUGUUGCUGCUGUUGCAUCUGCGGGUGCUGCCCGUGCGCCGCCUGAGCCUGAGCCUGAGCCUGCGCCUGCGCUUGGGCUUGGACCAUCCGCAUCUGGUAGUACAUCAUCUGCUGCUGCUGUUGCGGGGUGUGCUGGACGUGCUGGCCCGGGUUCUGCUGGCCCUGCUGCUGCUGUUGUUGGUGGACUGCCUGCUGCAUUUGGAUCUGCACCCGCGCGGCCUGCAGCUGUGCUUCCUGCGUCAUCGCCGUGGGGGGCAUCGGCGACCCGCGCGGGACCUGCGCGGGUGCGAGGUGCGGCGUCCCGUUCCUCUGCGCUUGAGCCUGAGCCUGAGCCUGAGCCUGAGCCUGAGCCUGAGCCUGAGCCUGAGCCUGAGCCUGAGCCUGGGCGUGCACGACCUGCGCGGCGGGCAUCGGGCUCCGCGUCGCCACCGCGGGCGAGCCCGCCUGCUGCGCGGCGGCAGCAGCUUGCGCGGCCUGCUGUUGCUGCUGCUGCUGCUGUUGCGUGAGCUGCCGGCUCGCGGCGGCGUGCAUCGCAAAGUAGGGGAUCUGCUGGUACGGGUUGUACGGUGCUUGCUGCUGCUGCUGGGGUUGUUGCGGCUGGGGCUGUUGCGGCUGCUGCUGGCCGGGCUGCUGCUGCGACUGGGGCGCGACGGGCUGCGGCGCGAGCGCGGGCUGCUGCUGCAUCGGGGCCGGGGCGGCGGCGAGGGGCUUGCGCCGGGCGAGGCUCUGCGUCGCGAACGCCGCCAUCUGGUUCGCGUACUGGGUCAUCAUCGGGUGCCCGGGCUGGCCCGGCUGGGGCUGGGGCUGCUGUUGCUGUUGCGGCUGCUGUGGGGCUUGGUGGGCGUUCGGCGCCGGCGAGGGUUGGAUGCGCGGCGCGGGCGCGGGCGCGAGCUGCGGGAGGUGGUGGGGGGCGCCGGGGACGACGGACGCGGGGCGCGGUUGGUGCGGGUGCGGGUGCUGUUGCUGUUGCGGGUGCGGGUGCGGGUGCGGGUGCGGCGGGUGCUGCGGGUGCUCUGCGGCGGAGGGCGGGCUGCUGGCUGCGGGUGCUGCAUGUGCGGCGGGAGCGCGAGCGCGGGGUUGUGCGCGCCCCCGCCGGCGGAGGAGGGCGUGGCCGUGCGGGCGAUCGCGGGGGGCGGGGCGUCGGCCUUCUUCUUCGGCUGCGGGACGGGCUUCUUGCCCGCCGUGGUCGGAGCGGGGGGCGCGGAGGGGACCGGGACGGCUGUGGGCGGUUGUGGGACGGCGUGGGGCGGUAUGGGGGUGGAGGAUGACGAGGGCUGUUGGACGGGUGUGAGUGUGGGGGCGGGGGUCGGCGUGGGGACGGAGUUCGUGAUGGAAGACGGGGCGAUGCUGUUGAUCGGGGUGCCCGAAGGGUGGGGGGAAGAGGAAGUCUGCAUGGGCACCGUGAUUGGCAUGUGUGAGAGGUAG